AUGCUCAAGUCCCGGAUUAUGUCGGCGCCUGCAGGUGACUCGAGCGACAUGACGGCGGUCGCCAACGGCAAGACACAAGGUCGACGCCGAUCGGACCUGAUGGAUGAAGAGCGACUGAAUAUGGCCAAGUUUCUGCUCCAGCAUCGACAAGGACAGCCGCGUCUGCCGCGAGCAGUCAUCGCUGCAACUGCCGACAAAUUCCAAGACCAUCGGAAUACGGUGUUCCGUAUUUGGAGUUGCGUGAAGACAAUGCUGGACAGUGGAUGA